AUGAUAUUUGACUGGGCCACGCCGGAGAGUGCUGCGACUGAUGCUGAUCGUUUUGUUACCCAAGCUGAAGCAUUAUUGUUUCACAAUUCUUCAUCUGUAUCGCAAUUCUUCAGGCUGUUUAUAUUAGAUCAGUUUGAUGCAAUUGCUUUCAUCAACAAAAAUAAUUUAAAUCUCUCCAACAGCAGCAAUAAUGUUAAUGAUCAAGAUCAACUGAAUAAUCAAUUACCAACUGAAACACAAAAUGAUAUUAAAAAUGAAGAUCAGAAUGAGGAUGAUAUCAAAAUUCUAAAUUUAAAUAAAAUAAAAACAAUAUCCAGUGAUCAAUUCGAUUUGGUAAUAGAUUAUUACUUAAACGCUGCAAAUCUUUAUUACUCAAUUGAAAGCCAUUUAUUAUCCGCUAUUAAUUUCGAAAAAAUUGCAAUUUUGCUAUCUAACAUCAACCUCAUCAUUUCUAAUAAUAAUACUAACAACCAAACUUUACAUUAUUUAGAUAAUUUAGAUUUAAAUCUACAAAUCCUAUCUCAUCUUCAAAAUGCUUUAAACUCUUAUAAUUUAUCAAACGCCUAUCCAGACUCAAUAAGAACUCUAAAAAAAAUCAUCAAAAUUUAUCAAUCUUUCAAUCACAACCUUAAUCAGAAAAAUAAUAAAAAUCUAUUCAAUAAAAAUACAAAUCUAAUAGCAGGCUAUAAUUAUCAAAUAGCUCAACUCUACCACUUGAAUCUAAAAUCUUAUCAAUUAGCAAUCUCUUAUUACACCAUCUCUCUAGACAUUUACCUAAAUUUAUUCAAUUCAACUUCAAAUUUCAAUCAAACUUCUAAAAUUAUCUCAUCUUAUGAUAAUAUUUCCUCCUCCUACAUCAAUUUAAACGACUUUUUAAACUCCGCAAUCAACUACAAAAAAUUAAUCAUCUUCUUGACAAACAAUUUCAACUCCUUUCAAUUGAAAAACACUCACUCCAAUCAAUUAAACUUAUCGGUUUACUUUCUUAAAACCUCUUUAUCCUUUCUAGCAUCUGAUGACUUGGUCGAAUCAAAAAAGUUAUUAAACCAAUUUUGCCACUUUAACCCAGACUUUUUAACCUCAAUCGAAUUCAAACUAAUUAAUGAUAUUUUCAUAUCAAUAAAUUUAAAUGACUUGAACUACUACUUAAAUUCUCUACACUCUUUCAACAAUUCUGUCUCAACUAAAAAUUAUUUAAAUGACAAAUUGUUUCUAAAAAUUCUAUUGAAAAUCAAAUCUCUAAUUACCACUGAUAAUUUAUCAGAUGAUGAAAAUAUUUUAUAA